AUAUAUAGCAGACGUAGGAGGCAAAGCGGAAUUUUCAUCUUUUGGCAAAAAUAGUUUCAAUUAAUUAAAACACACGACUGAUACAAAUGUGUAGAAAGAACUUUUAAUAUGCAAAGAAAAAUACAAGAGUGAAAAAGAAAUUUAUUAAUAAAAUAGUUAAUGCAGAUAAUCACAUUUUUCCAGUAUCAUUAAGCACAACUAAUUAAAUUAAGACAAGUAUGCACAUACUUUGUCUUCUAGUACGAAGCGUAGUACAUACAAUUACAAUGCCAAUGUCACAAAAAUCGAAUAACUGCUAAAAAUCAAUAAAGUAAAAAAUCGAAUAAAUAUGGAUAAAUUGCGCGAUUAUCAAGGCUUUACAGGCCGACUUCAUGAAUGGCGUGAUAACAUAAAAGAGAAAUUAUCAGGCUUCCGAGAGCAAAAUCCCGAAAAUAUUGUGGAUCUUGCUAAGAAUACAGCAAAUUCUCAAUUGAAAGGCAAUGCUAACGCUAAUCAAGAUUAUUCCCACAUCUAUAGACACAAAACUCGCAUGGAAUUAGUACGGGUGUCGGCUGCUGUGAUGGGAAUCGAAUUCUCGUAUGCUGCUGAAACAGCAUUUGUGUCUCCAACUCUGCUGAAGAUAGGGGUUGAACAUCAACAUAUGACAUUGGUAUGGGCAUUAUCGCCGCUGGUGGGAUUUUUCCUUACACCAAUAUUGGGUUCAAUGAGUGACCGUUGCAAACUCAAUAUGGGACGAAGAAGGCCUUUUAUUAUACUACUUUCUAUUGGAGUUUUUUUGGGACUUUUGUUGGUACCCAAUGGUGAAGACUUGGGCUAUGCAUUUGGAGAUGUUGAUCCACACAUACAAAUAUCGACUAUGAACAUUACUAUGAAUGAGACUCACAAUAACAUCAACUAUUCACCACAUCGGGCAACAGCAUCGAAAACAGAGGCCAAUGCAAUCCAGAAAACAUCCCAUCCAUGGGGUAUAUUUUUUACUGUCCUGGGUACGGUAUUAUUAGACUUCGAUGCAGAUGCUUGUCAAAGCCCUUCCAGAGCAUAUUUAUUAGAUGUUUGCGUGCCAGAUGAUCAUGCAAAAGGUCUUUCCACAUUUACAAUAAUGGCUGGGCUUGGUGGCUUUAUGGGUUAUUCAAUGGGAGGUAUUAACUGGGACGCAACAGCGAUUGGCCGCCGAUUGGGAGGACAUGUAAAAGCUGUGUUCACCAUUAUUACCUUUAUUUUUAUAACAUGUGUCUCCCUAACGAUAACAAGUUUCAAGGAGAUUCCGCUUUGGGCCUUAAUUCCUGCCAAAACCUCAGUGUCGUUAAAGGAUGAAAAGGAUCAUCUUGGUGAUGGUUCCGUCAGUUAUGGGGCCUUGGAUGAAACCCAAUUUGUUGGAAAUGAGCAACCUACCCCAACGUAUAAUGAUGCUCCACAGCCAUCAACAGAAGAGCAAUUGGAUUAUUUUCCUGAUAUUGCAGUGCCAAAUGAACAAAAAGAACAAACAUUUCCCCUAGAUGAAUGCUCCCCUGCUCCACAGCCUGAAGCCGAACAAGCAGUUGAAACGUUGUCCCAUUACUUACUUUCCAUAGUUUAUAUGCCACACUCCAUGCGCAUGGUUUGUCUAACAAAUCUGUUUUGUUGGAUGGCACAUGUCUGUUAUUCCUUGUAUUUUACGGAUUUUGUGGGCGAAGCUGUGUUUAAAGGAGACCCAAAAGCUCUUGAAGGAACAAGAUCUCAAAUUUUAUACGAGGAGGGCGUACGUUUUGGUUGCUGGGGAAUGGCCAUGUACUCCCUUUCGUGUGCCUGUUAUUCUUUUGUAAUUGAAAGAUUAAUACAGCGUUUUAAGGCAAAAAAGGUGUAUGUGGGCGGCUUAUUAUUUUACUGCUGUGGAAUGAUGCUAAUGGCGAUGACCCGUGCAAAAGCGAGCGUAAUAAUAUUCAGCUGGGCUGCGGGCGUAAUGUAUUCGACACUUUUUACGAUGCCUUAUCUUCUAAUCGCACAUUACCAUGCGAUGGGUACGUUUGAACUAGAUGCAGACGGUUCGGCAAAACUUGGAUCUGGUGUCCGAGGACUGGGAACUGAUGUGGCCAUUGUUAGCAGUAUGGUAUUCUUAGCACAAUUCAUAUUGUCUAUAUGCAUGGGAACAAUUGUAUCAGUAUCGGGUACAACCACAGCUGUAGUUAGUACAGCUAGUUUUCUUAGCCUUUGUGGAGCAUUGUCUGCAACGCAAAUAAUGUAUUUAGAUUUGUAAAAAUUAUUUUAAUUUGUGUUUACAACUGACUACGUGGUUGUUGUCUGUAUGUGAGGUUAAUAUGUAUUCAUGUAAUAAUUUAUAAAAUAUAUAAGUGUUUCUGUAAAAAUAAA